AUGAAGAAAUUUGUUCUGAAAUUGGAUUUGAAUGAUGUUAGAGACAAGAGGAAGGCACUUAAGAUAGUUUCUUCUAUUCAAGGAAUUGAUUCCAUUGCUAUGGACAUGAAAGAAAUGAAACUAACCGUUGUGGGAAUGGCUGAUCCGGUAUCCAUAGUGACCAAAUUACGCAAGUAUUGGACGACCGAUUUAGUUAGUGUUGGCCCUGCGAAAGAGCCCGAGCCAGAGAUAAAAGAGGAGCCCAAACCCGAGGAGCCAAAGAUUGAAGAGCCAAAACAAGAGGACCCGAAGAAAGAAGAGACUGAGGAGAAGAAGGAAGAUGAGGCGAAUAAGGAGGAACCGAAGAAUGUUGAAGAGGAGAAGGAGAAAGAACAAGAAUAUAUACUUGACAUUAUGCCGUUUCAUCGACCAUAUUAUUCUCUUCAUCCUCAACCUUAUCACCAAUUUCAGUACCAACAACGAUCGAGUUAUCCUUCGGCCAACACACAUUACUAUGUCGAGCAAACUGGGGAGGAGAAUUCUAGUUUAUGCGUAAUUUCUUAAAUUUAAAUUGAUUACUAGUAUGGUUUGUUUUCUUAUUAUCUAUUUGAAAAACAAAAUAAAUCUGGUAUACAUUUUGUUGUCUUUCUCUAAUGGUGACAAUAAAUUAAAUAACUUUUGGUUUAUAUA